AAACUUAUAUCUUAUAUAUACUCCAAAACCCAGUUUUAAUAAACCAUUCUUUCUUGAAAACCCCAGCAGUUUCCUCCCCUUGGAAAUUAAGCAGCAGCUCUGUGUCUCUCAGUUGAUUACGUACAGUAUCAAAGCUUUAAACCCAGCUAGCAUGGCAGACAAAUUGACAGAAGAUCAGGUGGCAGAGUUCCGAGAAGCCUUUUGUCUCAUUGACAAGGACUCGGACGGGUACAUUACUAUGGAGGAAUUGGCAACGAUCAUUCAGUCAUUGAAUGAAAACCCCACAAAAGAAGAAGUUCGAGACAUGAUUGGUGAAGUUGAUGCUGAUGGAAAUGGGACCAUAGACUUUGAGGAAUUCUUGAAUAUUAUGGCAAGAAAAAUGAAGGAAAAUGUUGCCGAUGAGCUAAAAGAAGCCUUCAAAGUUUUUGACAGGGAUCAAGAUGGAUAUAUUUCAGCUAAUGAGCUGAGACAUGUAAUGAUAAAUUUGGGGGAGAGAUUGACAGACGAAGAGGCUGAGCAGAUGAUUAAAGAGGCUGAUUUAGAUGGUGAUGGUCAAGUCAGCUAUGAAGAGUUUGCAAGGAUGAUGAUGCUCAGUUGAUUUAAAACGUAAUAAAAAUAGAGUCAUGAAUGUUUAAUGCCCCCAUGCCUUUCCUUUCGUUAAUGCUAGUGAUUUCAAUUUGAAAGUACGCUUGCCACAUGUUUUAGAAUUAGUUUGAAUGAAAAUUUAGUAAGUAAACUUGAUAAAAAGUAGAGUUUGUGUAAACCUCCCUCAAUGUUUUCAUGCAGAGGCGUAUUAAGAAGCUAGGAAGAUUACAAUCUGUGCAAGCAUUGUAAUUUGCAUAAACUUAUGAAUGGUUUUAGAUGGAUCAAUCAAGUCUAUGUGAUUACAUAAAA